AUGGAGCGGUUUGUGUCUUUUUUGCAUCUGGCUGUAGCUUUGGCGGUCUUUGUUUUGCCUGUUUAUGGCCAGAUAAAUACUGCAUGCACAGCUUCGGUGCUUGGUACCUUCACCCCAUGUAUGAAUUUUCUUACAAAUAGUACUGCCAAUGGUGCUUCACCAACUGCAGAUUGUUGCGGUUCACUUAAGAAUCUCACAAGUAAUGGGAUGGACUGUUUGUGUCUUAUUGUGACUGGAAGCGUUCCCUUCCGCAUACCAAUCAAUAGAACUUUAGCCAUCUCUCUGCCUCGUGCUUGUAACAUGCCUGGCGUCCCAGUUCAAUGCAAAGCUACUGGUGCACCAGUUCCUUCUCCAGGUCCUGUUUCACUUGGGCCAACUCCCUCUCCGGGAGUUUCUCCAUCUGCCAGUCCUAAAGCUUCUGUUGUCCCUGAGCCAACACCAUCCACUCUACCGCCAGCGUCUGACACGACACCUCUCCUGAAUCCACCAUCAUCUACGGGAGAUAGUGGGGCACCACCAUCAAGUACUGGGAGUCGCCCAGUUUUAACUCCAUCAGCAUCGGUGCCCUCUCACGGCCUUUCACCGUCUCUUCUACUAUUUGCAUUAGGAUUUGUACUCUUCAAAAACGAGAAAGUUGGGAGGGCAGAAUGGAAUGAUGCGCACAGUUUACAACUUGCAAACUACUCCUGCAGUAACAGUGUAAUUAGUUUUAUUGACACCAAAGAUCCUGUUUAUUUGUUUUCAGCAAUGAAUUCGCAAAAGCUGGUUCUCUUCAGGUUUAUUUGGGGCCUGGCUUUUGUUCUCGGCAUUUUAAUUCCUGCCGUCAAAUGUCAAAUCCAAGGUUGCUCUAUUCAGGACAUUGAUUUGGGGCUGUCUUCAUCUCCUCCUCCCUUAAGCACCCCACUUAUAUUGCCCUUGUCGAAUUGCUUCGUAUCUGUGCCGCCUUUGAGUCUUUGCGGAGUUCCAGCUCCGAUGCCAAUACAGUUUCCACCAACCAUUCCAGAUGAUAUUACACAACAUUCUACGCCUCCUAAAGAUGUGCUAGUCUCUCCACCUCUAAGUCAGACGCAGGUACAGUUGAACUCAACUAGAGAAGACAACUCCACAGCAGUUGCAACACAGCCAUUUUCAUCAACAGAAUUAAAUCUGCCAAAGGAGAACGAAACAUCAAAUGGGAGGGGCAAAACUAAUAGGAUUUUGCUCAAACUUUUAUUACUGUGCUUGGCUCUUUAUGGUUAUAGGUCCUUAGCUUGA